AUGUCUACUUCACGGUCUCUGAAAAUUGGCAUAGUUGGAUUCGGUUCCUUUGGUCAGUUUCUGGCUAAGACUAUGAUCAAACAAGGUCACACUCUAACUGCAACUUCUCGAACUGAUUACUCUCAUUCAUGCCUCCAAUUGGACAUCCAAUUCUUCAGGGAUGUUAGAACAUUCAUUGAGGCAAACAACGAUGUCAUACUCAUAUGUACAUCCAUUCUGUCUUUUUCUGAGGUUCUUAGUUCUUUGCCACUUUCUUGUCUGAAACGACCAACAACACUCUUUGUUGAUGUCCUUUCAGUCAAGGAGCACCCAAGAGACCUUUUAUUACGGGUACUGCCAGAGGAGUCAGAUAUACUCUGCACGCAUCCCAUGUUUGGACCAGAAAGUGGAAAGGAUGGGUGGAAAGAUCUCACUUUCAUGUAUGAUAAAGUUAGAAUACGUGACGAAGAUACCUGCUUUAAUUUCCUUCAUGUUUUUGCUAGUGAGGGUUGUAGGAUGCUACAAAUGUCUUGUGAGGAGCAUGAUAAAAUAGCUGCGAAGAGCCAGUUUAUCACACACAGUGUAGGCAGGACAUUGGCAGAAAUGAAUAUUGAGUCUACACCUAUUGACACAAAGGGCUUUCAGACACUUGUUCAACUGAAGGAUACCACCAUGCGAGAUAGUUUUGAUCUGUAUAGUGGAUUAUUUAUAUGUAACAGAUUCGCUCACCAAGAGCUGGAAAAUCUCCAACAUGCCUUGCACAAAGUUAAAGAGAUGCUGGUUCAAAGGAUGAGUGAGGAGCUGAGUCCCAAACAUGACUGA